UUUUCGUAUAGUUAGAAUUGCAAAUUUUUUUUAAAGUGAAUAUAUAUCAUGAUGAGUUGUAGCCUCCUUCACAAGGCCUAAACAAUCGAGGCUAGAUGAGUUGUUGCAAAGUGUGAAACUAACUAUCUAGCCUUACUAAUACAAGAGAGUAGAACCUACUAACACAUAUAUUAUGAGAUCGAGAUGGAAUAUUGAUCAAUGGAACCCAAAAAUCUGAGGCACUGAGUUGAUAGAGGAUCGAACAUGGACCAAGACAUUCUCGGCCAGCAGCUUUUGAGGGCCUGUCGUCACGGUGAUGUGGAUGAGGUCAAGCGAUUACUCGAAGAAGGUGCUCCAGUAAGUUGGACGAACUGGUCUGGGUCAACAGCUCUUGGCACAGCAUGCUGCUGUGACAGAGCAGAUGUUAUAAAAGUUCUUGUUGAGUACAAGGCUGACAUUAAUGAGCAGACAUCGAAUGGCCUUACACCCCUGCACAUUGCUUGCACUUUGGGAAAAAUGGAGUCUGUGCGUGCGCUAGUCUCGACUGGGAAGUGCAAAUUAAGAGUAUUGAACAGUUAUGGCAGAACACCUCUUGGAGAGGCAGUUUUCUGGAAUAAGCUGAGUAUUGUUGAGCACAUGAUCAACGCUUGCAAUAUCGGUAUCAAUGAUACUGUUACUAAGUGGGGAGACACCGCUCUGGGACUAGCUGUUCGUCAGGAGAAGCUUGACAUCGUUAAGUACUUCAUUUCUCGAUUUAGUAUGAACAUUAAUGUCCCUGUAACUAGAUGGGGAGACACACUGAUGGAGUUGACUAUUCGUGAGCAGAAACUUGAUAUCUUGAAAUAUCUGAUUUCUGAGUGCAUUGUGAAUGUCAAUACCCCUAUAAACGACUUUGAAGAGACGCCACUGUUACUGGCAGCUCGUGGAGGAAAGCUUAGCGUCAUCAAGUUCCUUAUCAGCGAGUGUGGGGCGGAUGUCAAUGAUAAACUACUCCUUUUGGCAUCAAAGUAUGGACACACAGAAAUGGUCAGCUACCUACUUAUCAUGCACCACCUCAACCCGAACUUCAAAGAUGUCAAUGGACAAACUCCGCUUGUUCUUGCUAGGAAGAAAGACGUUAUACAACUUCUUCUUCAACAUGGAGCUGUUGCACUGGAUGUUUACACUGAAUAUCGCAAGACUCUUGGCAAAGUAUUCUCUAAAGAUCCUCUGAAGAAUCUAGCAAAAAUGUUUGUCAUCGGACGUAGUGGUGAAGGUAAAAGCACUCUCAUUGAAGCGAUAGAACAUGAGCCUACAGUUUUGGAAUCACUUGUUAAUGUAUUCAUUUCUCGGAGGGAAGUAGAUGGAGUCAGCCUGAAGACAGCUGGAAUCAUCCCUCGGACCUUCAAGAGUCGUUUCUUUGGACAGGUCGUGAUGUAUGAUUUUGCUGGGCAAGAUGCCUACUACAGCAGUCACGCCGCCAUUAUCAAGUCAGCAGUUGAUACAUGCUCGCCCAUUAUAGUCCUUGUUGUCGGUCUUCACAGAGACGACACUACUAUCACGCACUCUGUGUCCUACUGGUUAGGAAUCAUUGCCAAUCAGUGUGCUAAUUUGGAUGGUAAAGCCCCACUGAUUGUGGUGGGAAGUCAUGCUGACCUUGUGACAGAUAUGGCUACAGUGGAUAGAAAGGAGCAGCUUAUCUUGCGAACUGCACAAAGAUUCUCAAUAUUCAAUUUGGUAAAAUGUGUUCGAAUGGAUUGUCGCUACUCAAAUUCUACUAGUAUGAGAGCAUUCAGACGCUACAUAGGGACCUGCUGCAGCACCAUUCAAUCCAAAUGGUCUGUCAGCCUCAAUUCUCAUAUGCUUCUUGUGUACAUGCUUGACAAAUUUGCCGGUAGCAUUGCUAUUACGCUUGAGGAACUUUGUGCAAAUAUAAAAACUUCUCAAGAGCUAUCUAAAGAAAUAGACUUUCUUUCUUUUGUUCCCACGACUAUCCCUCGUCUUAUUGAUAUAUGUACCCAGCUAAGUGACAAAGGUCACAUUCUGUUUCUACACAACACCUUAUCACCUGACACGAGCUUCAUUGUCAUUGAUACAGCAAAACUUUUGGCCGAGAUAAAUGGAACCAUAUUUGCUCCUGAAGACUUCACACAACACUGCGAAAUGUCCACGAGCACUGGUGUGGUUUCUCUUUCUAAGCUUGCUACACACUUUGCUAAUCUCCAUAUUGAAAUGUUGAUUGGAUUCUUGUCUCAUCUCGAGCUUGCUGUUCCAAUUGAAGACAAUGAAAUCCUCAGUCUUAUCGACCAACACUUCUCUUCUACUUGA